AUGAACGACUGCACGGACGGAUGUAUGAACGACUGCACGGACGGAUGUGUGAACGACUGCACGGACGGAUGUAUGAACGACUGCACGGACGGAUGUGUGAACGACUGCACGGACGGAUGUAUGAACGACUGCACGGACGGAUGUGUGAACGACUGCACGGACGGAUGUGUGAACGACUGCACGGACGGAUGUGUGAACGACUGCACGGACGGAUGUAUGAACGACUGCACGGACGGAUGUGUGAACGACUGCACGGACGGAUGUGUGAACGACUGCACGGACGGAUGUGUGAACGACUGCACGGACGGAUGUGUGAACGACUGCACGGACGGAUGUGUGAACGACUGCACGGACGGAUGUGUGAACGACUGCACGGACGGAUGUGUGAACGACUGCACGGACGGAUGUGUGAACGACUGCACGGAGGGACACACGGACACACGGACGUUAUAG